UGUAGUAAACAAUUAGGAAUGUAUCUUAAGGAGCGCCAUCCAAAAACUGUAGAGGAAAUGUCGAAUCUGGCAGACCAAUUCAUUGAAGCUCAUGGCUAUCCAUCAUUUGUUAAAGACUUUCAAGUUUUUCAGAAGCAAAAUCCGGGCAACAGUGGUUUUAGAAGCGCUGGCAGUGGAACUGGCCCGAAGCAGCAAUCAUCUUCAACUUCAUCACAGCAGAACUACGACAGAAGGUGUUACAUUUGUCAUAGAAAUGGACAUUUGGCAAAAGACUGUAAUAAUAAACAGACAAUUCCGCGCACAUUUACUCCUUCGCGCAGCAUCCAGAAAGCAGCAGCUUUACAGAAUCCACAUGAAUGUGAGUUAAACUGUGAUGAAUCUAAUGACAGUUCUAGUUUCAGUUUACCAAAUUCCACAGAAGUCACAACCAACGAGGUCAUGCCAUGUCAAAAUCAGCCGCAUAUGGGAUCAGCAUGUAUCCUUACAAAUAAAUUGUUGGAGUGUUGUGUCACAGAUGGACAGGUAAAAUUUGCUUGUGGACACAUUUUGCCUGUACUUGGAGGAGUAUGCAAGGUAUGUGAAAAUAUGCCUGUUCAAAUGGGUUAUGUUGGUGGAAAUCUGAUUAAAGUUUUAAGAGACACUGGCUGUAGUGGAGUAGUUGUGAAGAGAGAUUUAGUCACAGAUGAUCAGCUGACUGGAGAAGUGCAGAGAUGUGUUUUGAUUGAUGGUACAGUACGGAACGUAGAAGAGGCAUCCAUUUAUGUGGAUACUCCCUAUUUCACUGGUAAUGUCAAAGCAUUAUGCAUGAAAGAACCUGUUUAUGAUCUUAUCCUAGGUAACAUUGAUGGAGUCAGAAAUCAGAAUGAUCCAGAUCUUCAGUGGUGCAGAAAAGAAGAAAGGAACGAGUGCAGUCAAGUUCUCCAAGCAGUGCAGACUAGAGCUCAAAAGAAGAAAGAAAACCAAGGUAUGAAGAAACUAAAUGUGACAAGUUUAGUAGAUGCUGAUUUGACUUUGGACCAGAUGAAACAACUUCAGAUGGAAGAUACAUCCCUGAACGUAUACCACGAACAUGCAGCGUCAGGAAGGAAGAAAACGAUCGGUGAUUACAUUGAGACUUGGUUUAGCGUCGAUAGAGGACUGUUGUACAGACACUAUCAUUCAACAAAGGUUAGUGAUACAAAACAUUAUAAGCAACUUGUUGUUCCAGAACCUUUACGAACGAAAGUCAUGAAGAUUGCGCAUGAUAGUAUCUUAGGAGGGCAUUUGGGGACUAAGAAGACCCUAGAUCGGAUCCUUUCGAAUUUCUAUUGGCCGGGGAUACAGGGAGACGUGACGAGAUAUUGCCAGUCAUGUGAUGUAUGCCAAAGAACAUUCCCUAGAGGCAAAGUGAUUAAAGUACCUUUGAAUGAGAUGCCGAUUAUCGACACGCCAUUUGAACGUGUUGCUGUAGACUUGGUAGGUCCAUUAUAUCCAAUAACUGACAAAGGAAAUAGAUAUAUAUUGACUGUUGUAGAUUACAGUUCUAGAUAUCCAGAAGCAGCUGCAUUGAAGAACAUUGAUACAGAGACAGUAGCAGAAGCAUUGGUGGAAAUUUUUAGCAGAGUUGGCAUUCCAAGGGAAGUUCUGUCAGACAUGGGUACGCAAUUUACUUCUAAUGUAAUGAAAGAGGUGGGUCGACUGUUGUCGUUUAAGCAAUUGGUAACAACUCCAUAUCACCCAGCUUGUAAUGGACUAGUGGAAAAGUUUAAUGGUACCUUGAAAUCAAUGUUAAGAAAAAUGAGUUCUGAGAGACCAAAAGAUUGGGAUAGAUACUUACCCGCAUUAUUAUUCGCUUAUCGAGAAGUUCCUCAAGAAAGUACUAAAUUUUCUCCAUUUGAUCUUGUUUAUGCACGAAGUGUUAGAGGACCGAUGGCAGUUUUGAAGGAAUUGUGGACGAAGGAAGAGAACGACCCUGAAGUGAAAACUACUUACCAGUAUGUAUUGGACCUUAAGGAAAGAUUGGCAAGAACGUGUGAACUGGCUCAUGAAGAACUACAGAAAUCCAAGGAACGCUACAAGAAAAACUAUGAUAAAAAGGCAAAGUCUCGAUAUUUCAAGGUUGGUGAUUUCGUUCUCCUUUUACUUCCAACUGAUAAUAACAAACUUUUAAUGCAGUGGAAAGGACCUUUCAAAGUUGUCGAGAGGGUAGGACAAACUGAUUACAAGAUCGAUAUGAAUGGACGACUUCGCUUAUUUCAUGUGAAUCUAUUGAAGAAAUAUUAUAUUCGAGAAGAACAAAUGCCAGACUCAAGAAUACCGCUUGCAUCAUGUGUUGUUUUGGAAUCAGAGGAGACGGAGGAUUCUAGUACUGAACAUUUGUUACAUCUUCUCCCCAUGAAAGCGACAGAAUCAUUUGCAGAUGUUAAGAUUUACCUGGUAGGACUGACCUUAUUCAGCAUGAGGUUCAUCUAACUACGAAGGAACCAAUCAGGAACAGACCAUAUCAGAUUCCGUAUGCAGUCAGGAGUGCAGUUCGAGCGGAAAUUCAGAAUAUGAUAGAUAUGGACAUUAUUGAACCAUCAGAGUCACCUUACGCUAGUUCGAUUGUUGUUGCGAAGAAGUCCGAUGGUAGCAAGAGAAUCUGCGUGGAUUUUCGUAACUUGAAUAAGGUAACCAUUUUUGACCCUGAACCAAUGCCAGAUCCUGAUGAAAUUAUGACAAAAAUCAGUAACAGUCGUUUCUUUUCUAAACUCGAUUUGUGUAAAGGGUAUUGGCAAAUUCCUAUGAAAGAACAAGAUAAAGAUUUAACAUCUUUCUUAACACCAGAUGGGCUAUACAGAUUCAAGGUAAUGCCGUUCGGGAUGUCUAAUAGUCCAGCAACCUUUAACAGGCUCAUGCGGAAAGUUUUAAAAGGUUUAGAUCACACUGACAGUUUUGUUGAUGACAUUCUUAUUCAUACAGAAACUUUUGAAGAACAUAUUGCAGAACUUAAAAAGGUGUUGGAUAGACUACGGAAGGCGAAGUUGACUGCCAAGCCAUCGAAAUGUGAGAUAGCGCAGACAAGACUACAGUAUUUAGGCCAUAUUGUUGGAGGAGGGACGAUACAACCAUCCACCGAGAAACUGGAAGCAAUCGAAGAAGCACCUAGACCAGAAACGAAGAAGCAGGUUAGAUCUUUCCUUGGUCUGAUAGGAUAUUAUCGGAAAUUUGUUCCCAAUUUUUCUACAAUUGCUGCUCCUUUAACUGAUCUAACAAAGAAAGGUGUUCCAAACAAAUUUGAAUGGAAAAUUGAACAGGAAAAUUCAUUCAAGCGUUUAAAAUCCAUGUUACUUUUUAGUCCAAUUCUCAGAUUACCAGAUUUGACGAAACCAUUUAUCUUGAGAACAGACGCAUCUAACCAUGGCAUUGGCGCAGUGUUACUGCAGGAGCAUGACGUACGCAAAUAUCCUGUUGCAUAUGCAAGCCGGAAACUGCUAGACAGAGAACAGCGUUAUUCGGUAGUUGAGAAAGAGUGUCUCGCCAUUGUAUGGGCUUUAAAGAAAUUCCAUCCAUAUUUAUAUGGUAGAUUAUUUGUUCUAGAGACUGACCAUAGGCCCUUGUUACAUUUACAGAAGAUUAAGGCAUCCAACGGUAGAUUGAUGAGAUGGUCUCUUUUUCUACAAGCGUUCAAUUUUAGAACAGAAGUUAUCAAAGGUGUGGAUAAUAUUGGGGCUGAUUUUCUCAGUCGUGUUUUUCCAGAGUAAUUUGCAGUGUGUGUACAUAGUUUUUAGUAGGUUUUUCACAAAAUUGUAUUUUGUGUCUUAGGAUCGGAGGUAUUGUCACAAUAGACAUUAUGCCAAUGAUAUAUUUUAUUAUAAUUGGUUCUAUAUUUGUCUACUAUAUUUAAUGUAAGAGUUAUCGUUUAUAGAUCUAAGUUAUCGUUCAUUUAUUUACGCUUUAUUGGUCACUGGGUUGUUCCGUUCUCGAUGUUACUAUGUUUAGAUUGGGAUUCUCUUCGAACCUGUUUGGCAGGUUUACGUAGAAGCUUAUGAGGGGUGUUGCCGGAUGUCGCUAUAUUUAGUAUCUAGAGUAGGAAAACUUGUUUGGUUAGUUUUGAUGACUAUAUAUAUGGGGUGUGGGCUGACUUUUGGGAGAAGAGGUCUGGACGCCGAGCAGUAAUUUCGUGUAUGUUAAGCCCUUGCUGUGUGAACUUGGGUGUGUCUCUCGUGUCUCCCCUGCUGUGUGAUCUAGGGAACAUGUAGCCUGUGUGGAUUUUGUUAGCGCUGGCGUUGCGAGACCUGAUUGCCUACAUUUUCUGUAUUUUUAUUGCCACAACUCAGUGACCAAUUUUAUAAUUCUUAAGUUAUUGUUAACCUGAGGGGACGGGGUGGAUUUUGGUGGAGCGUGGUGGAUCGUGGUGGAACGUGGUGGAUAGUGGUGGAACGUGGUAGAAAGACGCACGAGAUUAUGGAGGCCCGUUGAGAACUAUGAUUAUAAUUUCUUUGUACAUAUGUAGAUAAAUUUAUUGUUUAUUUUUUUCAUAUUGUUGUUGUUUAUUGGAAAACAAGAGUCAUCCAUAUGAUUUCAUAAGGGGUAAAUGUUUAAAGAACCCAUCACAACAGGUCA